AUGCGUCCUUAUACGCGAUUCAACAGAGGUUACCACUACAUUCUCACCGUUAUCGAUGUGCUGAGUAAGCAUGCAUGGGCCGUACCUCUCAAGGCCAAGAGCGGAAGUGAUACGUCCGACAUAGAAGCAUUCAUCGACGCGAUCGUCACGUACAAAGAUUGCACGAAUAUAUCGGAAGAAAACGCGCUAAAAGGACUGCCCAUUCUGCUCACGGAUCUAGCCGCGACGUGGUGGCAAGGCAUCAAAAAUACGGUAGAUACGUGGGAUACCGCGUUAGAGUCAUUAAAACAAACGUACGGGCCAAAAAAGCCAGCGCACCGGAUAUUCAGAGAACUCUUCGCGAAAGAACAAGACAACGACACGCCAACGGACCUAUUCGUGUGCAAAGCGCGUGCGCUAAUCGCGAAACUCCCAUACGACAAUCCAUUAACCGAAAGCAUGCAACUAGAUCUGGUUUACGGACUUUUAUCGUACAAAAUACGCAAAGAAGUACCGCGCGAAAAGGCAUCAUCGUUCUCGAAACUACUAGAUCUCGCGAGGGAGGUCGAAGAAAACAACGCGGAAGAAAAUAAUGCAACGACGAAAGAAUCGACAACGUCACGGAAGAACGAAAUCCGACCGCGUUGCAAGUACUGUAAAAAUUUCGGGCACGUCGUAGACGAAU